AUGGUCGCUCCCAUCACUGACUCCUUGACAGUAUAUCCGGGUGCACUGUUCAGAGGUUUGGAUCACGAGCUUACCCGCAUUCUCCGUCGCUAUGUACCUGGUAUCAUCAAAGGCGGUGCUAUUGCACUGCUAUCUUGGAUUUUCAUCAGGCUCGCGAAGCAACUCCAUUCUUGUAUCAAGCCGUUACCUUUUCCCGGCCCCAAGGGAAGUCCGAUUUGCGGAAUGGCCUUCAAACUGGAUCCGAAAAGAGCCCUAACUUCCAUGAGUGCCUGGGUCAAGGAAUUCGGUGAAACGAUCUCAUUCCGAGUCUUCUCGAAGACCUUCGUUGUCACCAAGAAUCACGAUACUCUCCAACAAAUAUUCAGAGACUCGAGUAAAGGACUCUUCGUACGGCAAUUCAACACCCUGGGACUACUACCCGAGUCCGGCAUCUUCCUCACACACGGUCAAGCGUGGGGGGAAGGCAGAAGGAGGGUCGACCCAAUACUCGCUGAGACGAAUGUUCGCGGCUUGGUCCCCGCAAUGUCCCAAAUGUCACGGAGGCUGGUUAACGUGCUUUCUGCUAUGAGUGACUGCGCUGGACAAGUUCACGACUGGGAGCCCCAUGGAUUGCUGCAACUGACAGCAUUGGACUUCACAUUCGCCACACACUUUGGGAAAGACUUCAAUUUCCUAAGUCCACUAGAUACCAACGGAGCAGCCGAUCGGGAGUACACCUUGGGCGCUUUUCAAGAUUUCUUGACGGGCUUCGAUUUCAUCCUCAAACAUCAGGCUCUAGGGCCUCUCCUGCAGAAUAGGUACCCGAAUAAGCUAAGCCAGAAAGUGGCCAAGUUCUACUCGUCUGUGGCGAAAGUGGAAACUUCUGCGAGAGAAAUCAUCGAACAGAGAAAGAAGGAAUUGUCUGAAGGGGCUGAACCCAAGUGUACCGUUUUGGACAAGUUGAUCGCCGAGAAGAGGCUAGACUUGGCAUGGAAUCUCAUAACUUUCACGCUGAGUGGGGGCACUUCGGUACCCUCGAACAUCGAGUGGUUCCUCUAUCUGAUGUGUAUAAACCAAGAUGCUCAGAAGAAGGCCAGGGCCGAAGUUGACGCUCUUGGAAAAGAUCCAACCGAUAACGACGAUCUUGACAAACUACGAUACGUCGAGGCAUGUGUGUUGGAAACUCUCCGUAUGAAUAACUCGACCCCUGGUCCUCUCCCUUAUCUAACCACAGCGCCCUACACCAUUGAGGGGAGAGAACUUGAAGCUGGGACGGUAUUGAUAAUGAUGACUGGUGAAGCUAUGAAGAGUAAAAUCCAUGGCGGAGAGGAAUUCAGGCCCGAAGGUUGGUUCGUUCCCGGUACCGGUGAUAUCGAUCGUCAAAGAGCACGAAAUCAUUGGGCUUUCACUGGGAGUCCCCGUAGAUGUCCAGGACAGUAUCUCGCUAUGAAGAGUGUAUAG